AUGGCAGGGGUGCUGCACAGGAGGGGUGUGUUUGGAGGGGAGUGCACGCGGCAGCGAGUGCAGGAGGAGCUGAGGGGCUACAGCGACUUCACUCUCAACUCGCUGUGUGCCGCCCACAGCGACGCACUCUCGCGCUUCCUGCUCUCCCGAGAACAGUUUUUCCACUCCUGCAAGUGCCAGGCCCUCGCGACGCUCCUUCCCCAGCUACAAUCCGACGGCCACCGAGUGCUGCUGUUCAGCCAAUGGACGGCUGUGCUUGACAUUCUGCAGCACGUGCUGGGGCUGCUGGGGCUCACCUUUUUGAGACUGGACGGCAGCACGCAGGUGGUGCAAAGGCAGGCUCUGGUGGACGAGUUCAACCGGGACCCCUCGGUGUUUGCGAUGCUGCUUUCGACUCGGGCAGGAGGGCAAGGUUUGAACCUGACUGGGGCAGACACGGUGAUUCUGCACGAUGUGGAUUUUAAUCCUCAGAUGGACCGGCAGGCGGAGGACAGGUGUCACCGGAUCGGGCAGACUCGGCCUGUAACUGUCGUGCGACUCGUGACGCGUGCCACAAGUGCUUUUCCACCUCUCGUCCCUCGCCAGACUCACUCGCUUCUCUCCUCCCCUUACCCACCAUCCUCUCCAUCUCGUGCUAUCAGCGUGCAUCUGCAUUGGAGGAAGGUCGACAGCGACACGAUCAAAUUCGCGUUCCACAUGACCAAGGGCCCCGGCGGGACGGGCAAGGGGUGGUUCGGCGUCGGCUUUUCCAAGGACGGCAAGAUGAACGGCGAUGCGAUCAUCGCGGAGAGCAUGAAAGCCGGCGCUCCCAAGCUGCUCACGCUUGACGGCCACAGCAGCGCGACCGACGCGACUGGGUGGGCGCCGACUGGAUUGAAGAUCACCAAGACCCCCUCGGGUACCACCAUCGAGUUCACUCGCACCACGUCGGACGGCGGAGAGGUAGCGCUGAACCCCUCGGGCAACAACUACAUCACGUGGGCCUUCGCCAAGACCACGUGGUCGGGAUCCACCCGCCACGCCUACUCCGGCCAUGCCGUGAUUGACCUCUCCUGCAAUGGCUGCUCGGGCGUCGUCCGCAAGAUGCUCUGCCAGACGUUCAAUUAA